CCAAAAAGCUUCCAUUCCAGUUCCCAUCAAAGAGAAAGUCUUCUCUUUUCUUCAUUAAAUUAAACCGAAGGGAUUAUCUUUCUCUCAAUCAGAGUCCAGGAGGAAAAAACAGAACAGGACACCCUCCACCCUUCUUCAAAUUGAAAACCCAGAAAGCUUUAACCGAGAAAUAGAGGGAAAGAAGAAGCUUUUGAGAGCUUGAAGAAGGAAAAGGAUAAAAUGGAGAUAGAAUUGGAGCCAAGGGUGAAGCCAUUGAGUUACAAAGUGAAAGCAACAUCUCGAGAGUCACCCUCUCAGAAAGCCUCUAACGUUCUUGACACCGACCUCAGGACUCAUUGGUCCACUGCUACGAAUACUAAGGAAUGGAUCUUGCUUGAGCUUGAUGAACCUUGCCUAUUGUCACAUAUAAGGAUUUAUAACAAAUCGGUGCUUGAAUGGGAGAUAGCUGUUGGCUUACGCUAUAAGCCAGAGACAUUUGUAAGAGUUCGCCCCCGCUGUGAGGCACCUCGCCGUGAUAUGAUGUAUCCUAUGAACUACACUCCAUGCCGUUAUGUACGAAUAUCUUGUUUGCGAGGAAACCCAAUUGCAAUUUUUUUUAUUCAGUUGAUUGGGAUCUCAGUGACUGGUCUUGAACCAGAGUUUCAGCCAGUUGUUAAUCACCUAUUGCCGCAAAUUAUGUCACACAAACAAGAUGCUCAUGAUAUGUAUCUUCAGUUGCUUCAAGACAUGACAAAUCGAUUACUUGUGUUCCUUCCCCAUCUUGAGGCAGACUUUGCCAAUUUUUCAGAUGCUGCUGAUUCCAAUUUACGUUUCCUGGCGAUGCUUGCUGGUCCUUUUUAUCCAAUACUUCACAUCGUGAAAGAAAGAGAUACUGCCAGAUCUUCAGGCAAUAUUGCUGAUUCUGAAGUUCCUAGAAAUACUCAGUCAUUGUCAUUACUGACAGUUUCCUCUAACUUUGAGCCAAGGAGAUCUCGUAACACCUCACCUUUUGUCUUAUCCACUUCCAGUUCCAUAGCGUUCCGUUCAGAUGCAAUUUUUGUGCUGCUGAGAAAAGCAUAUAAAGAUUCUAACCUAGGGACUGUUUGCAGAAUGGCUUGUAGAAUGCUUCAGAAGCUUACAGAGCCACUUACAAUGGUAGACGAAUUAACUCCUUCCGCUGAAGUUACACCAGUUUUGGAUGAGUCAUCAAAAUCAGAGUUACUUAAUCCUCUUCCCAUGGUUGAUUACUCAAAAUUAUUUGGGGAGGAAUUCCAAGUGAUAGAUGAUCAGUGGGACCCUAGCAUUCUUAAUGUCUUGGAUGUGGGGGCAGUGGAAGAAGGAAUUUUACAUGUUCUCUAUGCUUGUGCGUCUCAGCCUCAGCUCUGCAGCAAAUUAGAAGACAGUACUUCUGACUUUUGGUCUGCAUUACCACUUGUACAAGCAUUGCUGCCAGCACUUCGUCCUUUCAUGAGCAGUCCUUCUGAUCAUGUUGAUGAUACUUUUUCUCAAUGGAAACAGCCUUUUGUUCAACAAGCUCUCUCUCAGAUUGUUGUUACAGCAUCUUCUUCAUUGUACCAUCCACUUCUUCAAGCCUGUGCUGGCUAUUUGUCAUCAUAUUCACCAUCUCAUGCUAAGGCUGCAUGUGUUCUAAUUGACCUAUGUUGUGGCGUGCUAGCUCCUUGGAUUACUCAGGUCAUUGCAAAGGUUGAUUUAACUGUGGAGCUUGUGGAGGACCUUUUGGGCAUAAUCCAGGGAGCCCGCCACUCAAUGGCUCGUGCUCGUGCUGCUCUUAAAUACAUAGUGCUAGUUCUGUCGGGUCACAUGGAUGAUAUACUAGGGAAAUAUAAGGAAGUCAAGCACAAUAUUCUCUUUCUUGUGGAGAUGCUAGAGCCUUUUCUCGAUCCUGCCAUAUAUACAUCAACAAGCAAAAUAGCCUUUGGUGAUGUAUCAUUUGCUUUCCUGGAGAAGCAAGAGCAAACUUGUCUAAUUGCCCUCAAUAUCAUCCGUACAGCGGUUCAAAAGCCAGCUGUUCUUCCUUCGAUUGAAUCUGAAUGGAGGCGUCGAUCAGUUGCCCCUAGUGUCCUUCUUUCAAUAUUGGAACCCCGCAUACAAUUACCUCCAGAAAUUGACAUGUGCAUAUCUCCCAUUUCUGAAGAUGUUGAGCAUGAAUCAUUGAAUGCUUCUCCUGUCCUACAUUGUGAGUCUGAUGGCAAGACAGAUGUACUUGAGACUGCUGUUAAGAUGGAUGCUUUAGAAGAUGUUAGCCUUCUUUUUGCCCCUCCAGAACUUCGGAGUACCACGCUGACUAAUGUUUGUAGCAUUCCUAAUGAAAAUGUUCUGGAAUUAAACCAAAUGGAUUUAAACUCAGAACAGAAAGAUGUUGAGAAAAAAAUUUCUAAUCAAUUUCAAAACAGUUUAGUUUUGGAUGCUGGUUUCGCUGCUGAAUACUACAACUUGCAAGCAGACUAUUUGCAACUCAUGAACUUCAGAGACUGCGAGCUUAAGGCAUCUGAAUUUCAGCGCUUGGCUUCAGAUUUGCACUCACAGCAUGAGAUUUCUCAUGAAAGCCAUGAUGCUGCUAUAGAUGCUUUGCUCUUGGCUGCAGAAUGCUAUGUCAAUCCCUUCUUUGUGAUAUCUCUUAAAGCCAGUUCAAAUAUAAUGAACAAGAUGAAUGUCUGCAGGGUUAAAAUUCCAAAGACUUUUGAAAUGUCAGAGCUUAGAAGGGUUACUAAGAAGACUAACAGCAAUUUGCAGACAAUAUCUCAUCUUGAAAAGAACAGAGAUAAGGUUGUCCUUAAAAUACUGCUUGAGGCUGCUGAAUUAGAUAGGAAGUAUCACAAAAAGUUGUCAGAUGGAGAAGAUUGUGAAAGCUACUCUGUAGAAUCCGAUGAACAAGUCAUAGAGAUAUCUCCCUUUGAUAUACAGUCAGCAGAUGCUGUCACCUUGGUUCGACAAAAUCAGUCCUUAUUGUGCAAUUUUCUGAUUAGACGAUUGCAAGGAGAACAACAUUCUUUGCAUGAAAUUCUCAUGCAGUGUCUUGUGUUUCUGUUGCACUCAGCCACUAAGCUACAUUGCACCCCUGAACAUGUGAUUGAUAUUAUUUUGCAAUCUGCUAACUACCUUAAUGGGAUGUUAACAUCUUUCUCUUGUCGGUUCAAAGAAGGCCAGUGCCAGUUGAAUCCUGAAAAGAUACAUGGUUUACAACGCCGCUGGAUACUGCUGCGAAGAUUAGUAAUUGCUUCAAGUGGUGGUGGUGUUGGUUCAGACUUUGCAGUCAAUAUCAACAAUGGCUUCCGCCAUGGAAACUUGAUUCCUCCUUCAGCCUGGAUGCAGAAAAUACCCACAUUUUCUCAUUCUACUUCUCCACUUGUUCGCUUUCUUGGCUGGAUGGCAAUAUCUCGAAAUGCAAAACAGUUCAUAGAGGAGCGCCUUUUCCUUACUUCAGACAUGUCAGAACUGACAUAUUUACUCUCUAUAUUUGCAGAUGAGCUUGCGGUAGUAGAUAAAUUUGUUGAUCCUAAACAUGAAGAUCUAAAGAUUGAACAAUCUGGGGAUAAACAAGACUCUCCAAUCCCUAAUGGCGUUGAUCUUGCUGAUGGGCAGCAUAGAUAUCAAUCUUUCCGGGUCAUCUACCCUGAUCUCUGUAAAUUCUUUCCAAAUAUGAAAAAGCAGUUUGAAGCUUUUGGGGAAAUCAUUUUGGAAGCUGUUGGGUUGCAGCUGAAAUCACUACCUUCUGCUGUUGUGCCUGAUAUUUUGUGCUGGUUUUCUGAUUUGUGUUCAUGGCCUUUUUUCCACAAGGACCAAGCUACUUCACACAGCAGUUGUACUCAUUUGAAGGGCCAUGUUGCGAAAAAUGCCAAAGCUAUAAUUCUCUUCGUGUUAGAAGCCAUUGUUGUGGAGCACAUGGAAGCACUGGUGCCUGAGAUACCAAGAGUUGUGCUAGUGUUGGUAUCCCUUUGUAGAGCCUCCUAUUGUGACACGUCAUUUCUUGAUUCUGUAUUACAUCUGUUAAAGCCAAUUAUCUCAUAUUCGUUGCAUAAGGUGUCUGAUGAGGAGAAAUUGUUAGUUGAUGAUUCUUGUCACAAUUUUGAGUCUUUAUGCUUUGAUGAGCUUUUCAGUAACAUCAGACAAAGAAAUGAGAAUCAAGAUAGUUCUCUAGAGAAAGCAUUCAGCGGAGCACUGACAAUUUUCAUACUGGCUUCUGUCUUUCCAGAUUUAUCCUUCCAACGUAGAAGAGAAAUAUUGCAGUCAUUAACAUUCUGGGCUGAUUUCACUGCUUUUGAGCCAAGUACCUCUUUUCAUGACUAUCUCUGUGCUUUUAAUGCUGUCAUGGAAAGUUGCAAAGUUUUCUUGCUUCAGCAUCUAAGGGUCUCUAAUUUUGUUCCUCUUCAGUUGCCUCCCUUUUCUGACUCCGGGAAACUUGGUGAAAGUGGCUCAGAAUCCUUUUCAUGGUUUCUUAACGAUAUAUUGCAUGGCUCUACUCCAAAUGAAAUUUCUGAAAAUCUGGAAAGUAACAGCUUUGAUGCUAUUGUCUUAAAUGAGAAAAAUUACAAUCUGUCUGAAGAGGAAAUAGAGGACUUUACAAAAGACUUAGAGGGUGUCAUUUCAAAGCUUUAUCCAACUAUUGAGCAAUGUUGGUCUCUUCAUCAUCAGCUGGCAAAGAAGCUUACUAUUGCAUCAGCACAAUGUUUUGUGUACUCAAGAUGUUUGUUGUCUAUGGCUCCAGCAAUUCAUAAUGCUGAAGGGUAUAAGAAUGAAAAUUCUUUGCCUUCUAAAUCAGUUGACCGGUUGCCAGCUCAGUGGAAAACUGGUCUUGAAGGUCUUGCUGGAACAAUAUUGAUGCUCCAAGAAAAUGCGUGCUGGCAAGUUGCAUCUGUGAUGCUUGAUUGCCUUCUCGGAGUGCCCCUUGGUUUUCCUCUUGAUAAUGUUAUUGAUUCUAUUUGUACUGCAAUAAAAAACUUUUCUAGCAAGGCACCAAAAAUUUCUUGGCGUUUGCAAACUGAUAAAUGGUUGUCAAUAUUAUGCAUAAGAGGCAUCCAUAGCCUUCAUGAAAGUGAAGUUCCUCCUCUAGUUAAUAUGUUUCUUACAAUGCUGGGCCACCCUGAACCUGAGCAACGCUUUAUAGUGCUUCAGCACUUGGGUAGAUUGGUAGGACAAGAUGUAGAUGGAGGAAUAAUGGUACAGUCUUCUAAGUUUUGCAGUAAGAUAGUUUCACCAGGCUUAGUACCUUCUAUUCCUGAAAAGAUAAUUUCACUUUUGGUCUCAAGUACCUGGGAUCAGGUGGCUGUUCUGGCAUCAACAGAUGUGUCAUUAUCCUUGAGGACUCGUGCAAUGGCGCUUCUCGUGGAUUAUGUCCCGUUUGCUGAUAGGCAUCAGUUACAAUCCUUCCUUGCAGCAGCUGAUAGUCUUCUAUAUGGCUUGGGCAGGCUUGUUUACCCUAUUUGUGAGGGACCAUUACUUAAACUUUCAUUAGCACUUAUUACUAGUGCUUGUCUAUACUCACCAGCUGAAGAUAUUUCUUUGAUUCCUCAAAAGGUUUGGGAAAAUAUUGAGACUUUAGGGUUUUCCAAAGCUGAAUACAGACUUCCAGAUCUUGAGAAGAAGGCAUGCCAAGUCUUGUGUAGAUUGAGAAAUGAAGGAGAUGAUGCCAAAGAGGUCCUGCAAGAAGUGCUCUCUUCAAGUUCUGCAAAACAAUCUGACCCAGAAUUUGGGAGCACCCGGGAAUCUGUUCUUCAGGUCCUUGCUAAUCUAACUUCUGUUCAGUCAUACUUUGAUAUUUUUGCAAGGGAAACUGACCAAGAGGCUAUGGAACUAGAGGAGGCUGAAUUGGAAUUGGAUCUUAUUCAGAAAGAAGGUGUCCUUCAAGAAUCAUUGAAAGACUCUGAAGAUGGACAUCAGCUUCCGCGUCUAGCCACUCCUGUGAGAGAUGAAAACCGUCUUCAGCAAAUCAAGGAUUGCAUUCGUUCUUUCAAGAAGAACAAACUUCAAGACGAUAUAGUAGCUCGCAGGCAACAGAAACUUCUUAUGAGGCGUGCUCGUCAAAAAUACCUGGAAGAGGCAUCUUUGCGAGAAGCUGAGCUUUUGCAAGAACUUGAUAGGGAAAGGACUGCUGAAGCUGAAAAAGACAUUGAGAGGCAGCGCUUGUUGGAACUUGAACGAGCUAAAACAAGGGAAUUACGUCACAAUCUUGAUAUGGAAAAGGAGAGGCAAACACAGAGAGAACUUCAGAGAGAAUUGGAGCAGGCUGAAUCUGGACUAAGAUCUUCAAGGCGUGACUUCCCUUCAUCUCAUAGUAGUAGGCCUCGGGAAAGGUAUCGUGAGAGGGAAAAUGGAAGAUCAAGUAAUGAAGGAAGCACAAGAACUACUAGUAGCAGCCUGCAACCUGAAAAUACCACUAGUUCAUCGAUGGCUGCAAUGCCAACAGUUGUUCUGUCAGGAUCACGAUCGUUUUCGGGCCAGCCACCCACCAUUUUACAAUCCCGUGACCGUGCAGAUGAAUGUAGCAGCAGUUACGAAGAAAAUUUUGAUGGAAGUAAGGACUCAGGAGACACAGGUAGUGUUGGUGAUCCAGAGUUAGUGUCUGCAUUUGAUGGACAAUCAGGUGGCUUUGGAUCUUCUCAAAGGCAUGGAUCUAGAGGGAGCAAGUCCAGGCAGGUAUUAGAGAGGAGAGAGAGGGAUGGUAGACGUGAAAGCAAGUGGGAGAGGAAACAUUCUUGACCAAUUGCCUGGGAAAUGGUGGCGUUAUUACGAGUGAAAGUGAGUAUACAUGAAGGGUUAUCACUGGUGCAAUUGUACUGUCUCCCUGUUAAAAUGAAGAAGGGGAGGAAUUGAAAGAUUGCAGGCAGCCAUUGGAUUCAUGAGGUGAUUCUGGUUCAUGUUGUACUUGUGCUCCAAUGUUGAAUAUAUGAAAUGUUGUAGUAGCUUCUGCCCCAAUGACUAUAUAAUUGUCAAUAGGGAAAUAGAAGAUUCAUAGCGGAGCAUUAUUUUGUAAAAUAAUACCACUGUUCCUUUUGUCCCAUCUUUCUGUAAAUUUUAGAGCUUGAUGAAGGACUCUCUUCAGCCAUUUAGCUCUGUUGGAACUUGAAGUAGAUUCUUAAUCAGGCGAGGGUGUGCCCUGUUCCCUGCUGCCACAUGAAGUUACAGACUUGAAAGUUGAAGGCAAUACCACUUUUAAGAUGUUAUAUUCCAGAAACUGUAGUAUCCAUAAUCCAUCUCUUGAACUGACUCCUUGAACAAAAUGGUUGGGUUGGACCUUGUAACUUAAAAGAGGACAAGCACACUCAAGGAAGAUUUACAGGUUCA